AUGUAUGCGCGUGUCACACGAUCCGCCGCAGCUCGAGAGGCAGCUCUGCUUGCAGCCGAGAUCCAACAUGCCAAGCCUCAGCUAGCCGACUCCAGAGCUCCUUCUACUCAACAGAAGUCUACAAAAUCCAGAGCUGGUGGUAGGAACAAACGGCCUGAGCAUCCAGAAAAUGCACACCAGCCUCCCAAGAGGCGAAAAGCAAAACGCCCCGUGUCAAGCCUUGAUGUCAAUGAUGACAUUCCUCACAAUCUAGGCUCGGCUGUGACUGUGUUUCAAACGCUCGAGAACAUCAAUACGGGCCAUGGAGUUGCCAAGAAAGAGCCUGAGAUCAAAGCAGAGGAUUUAGAUCAGCUUGCGGGCGAGCUGCAGAACUCCGUAGACAAGGCUAUAGAGGUGAAAGAGAAGCCAGCGCAACAAGUGAAAGGGAAAAAGAAAAACACAUAUGGCCUUACCCCUGGAGCUAGCCCCUUCCCCGAGUGGAUUCAACCUACUCCCGAGGAGUGCGAGGAGGUCAAUAGGCUUCUUUCCACCGUACACGGGCUAGUCAACCCACCUACCAAGAUCCCAGACCCGUCCCUUACUGUUACCGGGUGCGGCGAGGUCCCCUCGGUGCUGGAUGCGCUCAUUCGCACACUGCUCAGCGGCGCCACGACGGGGAGGAAUUCUGCGCUGGCUUUCAGCGGGCUGGUGGAGAGAUUUGGUAUCCUCGAAGAUGGAAUCGGCAAAGGAAGCGUGAACUGGGACGCUGUGCGUCAAGCACCGCUCAAAGAUGUCUUUGAGGCGAUCAAGCGCGGCGGAUUGGCAGAUGUCAAGAGCAAGAACCUCAAAGCAAUCCUUGACAUGGUCUACGAGGAGAACCAGGCUCGCAGGAACAUCCUUGUGGAAGGCGAGCCUGGAGAAUCGGCAAAUGUGAAGCUGAAGACUGAGGGGGCGAAAGAGUACGAGAUUGCAUGUGCUGAUCAGAACUUCCUCUCACUCAACCACCUCCAUCAUCUCAGCACGGAAGAAGCCAUGACGGAGCUGGUGAAAUAUCCGGGAAUCGGUCCAAAGACGGCUGCCUGUGUCCUUCUCUUCUGUCUGCAACGCCCAUGCUUCGCUGUUGACACCCAUAUCUUUCGCAUCUCCAAGUGGCUCGGCUGGGUGCCUGCAGGCAAAGCUACCGAAGUGACUGCUUUCAGUCACCUUGAGGUACGGAUACCUGACCAUCUGAAGUACUCCCUUCACCAACUCUUCAUUCGUCAUGGCAAGACUUGUCCGCGAUGUCGAGCUAUCACCGGGCAGUCUGCCGCUGGCUGGGAGGAUGGGUGUGUGAUUGAUCAUCUUGUUACUCGGACCGGGAAGAGAAAGGAGGGAAACGCGCCGGUACCUGUGACGAGUGGAAAGAAAACGGGGCGUUAG